AUGCAAGGGCGAGCCAAUCGAGAUGAGCGGGAAGAUAAGAAUGGCCCAACCCAACGCGAAGACAAUAAGAACCCAGAGCUCGAACCACUUCUCACUGCGCACUAUGCAAAUAACCUUGGAAUUGACAACAUGGCAUCCGCCAGUACUCAGGAAACUGUGUUGGAGUCCCACGCAGAUCCUUUAAUGGGGAAACGAGUGCUGCGAAAGAUCGACAUGCAAUUAGUGCCACUAAUGUUUUUUUCUUAUAUGUUGAAUUUCAUGGAUAAAACUAUUCUGUCCAGCGCGGCUGUUUUUGGUUUACGUGGUGAUACGGGAUUGGUUGGCCAGCAGUAUAGUUGGGUCUCUUCAGCGUUUUACUUUGGCUAUCUGGGCUGGUCUUAUCCCACUACCUUGCUCAUUGCUCGUUUUCCGAUCGGGAAGUACAUGACUGCCAACACAUUUUUCUGGGGAACCGUGGUGGCUCUUACCGCGGCAUGUACCAACUUUGGUGGUCUCAUCACUGUUCGACUUCUACUUGGUAUUGCCGAAGCCACUGUUACCCCAGCCUUUAUGUUCAUUACAUCAACCUGGUACACGCGUGAUGAGAUUCCCACCAGGACAGGCUUUUGGUUUGCCGGUAAUAGCGCAGGAGGAAUUGUUUCCAGUCUCAUGGCUUACGGCCUCGGCCACGUGAAAGAUCACGUUGGUGCAUGGAGGUGGAUGUUUAUUGUUCUCGGCGUUGCAACUUUUCUCUGGGCCUUCGUAGUCUGGAUCCUUCUACCAGACUCGAUUUCCAAAGCAAAGUUCCUAUCGGAAGAAGAGCGCCAGUUUGCAGCUAAAAGGGUUCUUAUUUCCGGUACAGGUAACACAGAAAAAACAGCAUGGAGGUGGGACCAGGUCGUUGAGUGUCUCAUGGACCCCAAAACCUGGCUAAUUUUCGGUCUGGAAUUAUUGACGCAGAUCCCGAAUGGUGGUACACAGAACUUCUCCAAUCUCGUCAUUGAGUCGUUUGGUUUCUCGAGUCUGGAAUCGACUCUGGUCAAUAUUCCUUACAGUGUUGUUAGCAUUGCCACGAUUGUUGGGACUGGUUGGCUUGCUGGACGUUUCCGCCAGCUGAACUGCCUGCUGGUUAUAGCUGUUGUCAUACCGCCCGUGGUUGGGAGUGCAAUUAUUUAUUGCCGUGCCCAUAUAGCCUUGGGCGUCCAGCUGUUUGGAUAUUUCCUUUUAUCAACCGGGCCAGCGGCAAUGCCCCUCGUGAUGGCAUUGGUACAAGCGAAUUAUCGUGGCGUCACAAAAAAGAUGACCAUCACCGCCAUGCUUUUCCUUGCGUACUGUGCAGGAAACAUCUCUGGACCGCAGUUCUUCCUUAGCAGAGAAGCCCCAACUUAUAACACAGCAUUCCGCACUAUCAUGAUCUGUUAUGCGCUCUCGAUACUGCUUGCUAUACUACUCCGCAUUUACCUUCAAUGGUCAAACUCUCAGCGUGUUUCCAAGGAGGGAUUCGAGGGCAGUGCUGGAAAUGCUGGAGCUGUGGGUAAUGUGAAGAGGCUUGAUGGGGAUCGGGAUCCAAAUACUAUGGCGGAUAUGCUGAAUCAAGCCCAACUGGUAUCUAAUGACUAUGAGGAUAUUACGGAUUGGAAGACGCCGGGAUUCAGGUAUCGAUACUAG